AACAAACCCCGCACUUUUUCACUUUCCCUUUUCAUCAUCUCUCUCUCAUUUGCGGAAUCCCUAAAUUAAGCUUUGUCCUCUCUCUCCUCUCUCUCAGCCCUCGAACCCCAAUCUGUUUCUUGGCUCUGCUUUUACUCCUAUCCCUUCUUUCCCACUAUUCACGCUCUGAGUUCGUUCCUCCAUCAGUUUUCACUCCCCAAGUCCUUUUUUCCUCUUCUGGGAUAAUCCAGAAAUCUCUCAUUUUUUUUUUCAACUUUUUCUGUGAAUUUUGACAUCUGGGGUCUGCCUGAUUUCGAGCUUCCCUUUCUGGGUUGUUAUCAACUAACUGGUUCAGCUUUUGGAAAGCCUGGUUUCUGCUUCUGGGUUCUCUGGAAUUUGAUCUGUUUUAAGAAAGGUGAAGGCUUUUCAGCUAUCUACCUGUAGAUUUUUUCAGAUCCUUUAACAAAGGAGCUUUUUUUUCGAGUAAUUUUCAAGUGGGUUUUCAAAACUGAAUGUAAAAAUCGGUUUUUUGCACUUGGGUUUGGAGUGUUGGUGUUGAAAAAUGAAGAGAGGGAACGAGGAGAAGGUUGUGGGACCUAUGUUCCCAAGGCUCCAUGUGAAUGAUGCAGAUAAAGGAGGGCCGAGAGCUCCUCCAAGGAACAAGAUGGCCCUCUAUGAGCAGCUGAGCAUCCCAUCUCAGAGGUUCAAUCCUGGGGUGCUGCCUCUUAAUUCAAUUAACCAGGGGAGUCGUUCGGAUGGAAAUUUGGCUUUUCCACUUCAUGGGCAUCCAUCUACACCUACUCAUCAGGCUGUGAUUUUUCAUGGUCGCCAGUCUGAUGGAGCAAAUGUAAACGUGCCGUUCGGACAAACCGACCUAAGAAGGAAGAUCGGAUAUGAAGAUGAUUUUAGUGUUCCUGUAUUUGUUCAAUCAAGGAUGGGUCUUGGUCACAGUAAAACUCAAAUUGGUAGUGAGGAAAAACUUACUCCCAUCAGCUCGCCUCAUUCUGACCAUUUAGUAAAAGUAAGAAACGUGGGGAAGAAGGAUCCAAAACAAAUAAGCUCCUCAACUCUGAAUUUAAGACGAGAAUUGAGAAGUGAGAGAGAAGAGGACCUAAUAAAUAUAAGCGGUUCGAGUAAGGGCCAUUCAGGAAAAUUUGCGGCAAAAAUAUCAACCAUACAAAAGAUUGAUGGGCCUGUAGAAGCGAAUGCAUCACCAAAUCAAGAGGAUGCAGAAUGUUCUGUUCCGAGAUUCAACAGGUUAGCUGAGAGUGAUGCUUGCUUACAACAAGAGUCUAGAACUGGGUCGCAGCCAAACGUAACUGGACAAGGUGAUGGUCUUGUUGAGUCUUCAAGGGAUGUAGAGAAGGGAACUCUUUCCCAGGAAAAAAGUGUUUCUUGUUCUGGGGCGGAUCCUACCAGUCCCAAUGAGCCUGAUAAUGACAGUGAAUACCGUGGAGACAGAAAGUGUAUUUCACCUCAAACGGGACAUGUAGACAAAAGUGAUGAUGUCUCAGAGACCUCCAUGGUGGAUUCUAUAUCCGGCAUGGACAUCUCUCCUGAUGAUGUUGUAGGAAUAAUAGGCCAGAAACAGUUCUGGAAGGCAAGAAAAGCAAUUGUCAAUCAGCAAAGAUUGUUUGCGGUUCAAGUAUUUGAGUUGCAUAGACUCAUUAAGGUCCAACAACUGAUUGCUGGAUCUCCACAUCUUUUGCUUGAAGAUACUGCUUUUAUGGGCACAUCUACUUUAAGGGGAUCCCCAGCAAAAAAACUCUCAUCAGAGUAUGUUGUAAAGCCACUACUACAUAUUGUAAAGCGCAAACACGAACCUGAGAAGCCAAACAACAAAAUGGAAUGUUCUGCGGAAAAUGCAGUAGGGAAAACAUCUCAUAAUUCUGUGAAGAAUGGUAGUCAGACUUCAAAUUAUGGGCCAUAUUUAGGAAAUCCACAGCCAACUCUUAUGGCUUCUGAUAAUAAAGCCAGUCCUUGGUGUUUCCAUCAGUCUCCAGGACAUCAAUUUUUAAUUCCGGUAAUGUCGCCUUCUGAAGGACUUGUGUUCAAGCCGUAUAAUGGACCAGGAUUUAUGGGAGGACCAGUUUGUGGAGGAUGUGGACCCUAUGGCUCAACUCCGAUGACAGGCAACUUUGUUAAGCCAUCCUACGGGGUUCCAUCUCAUCAUCUUCAAGGAAUGGGGGUUCUUCCUGUCCCUCCAUCACUCAGUGGUCAUACUUACUUUCCUCCAUAUGGCAUGUCCGUUAUGAAUCCUGGCAUGCCGAGCUCAGCAGUUGAACAAAUGCAUUGGUUUGCUGGACCCGUUUCACAUGGUCACACCAAUCAGUCAUCUGGAGGGGGUGCAAACUCCAAUUUGCAGCACCAAAGCUCAUGCAACAUGCCAUCCCAGAAAAAUGUCACCAUUCCUCACGCCAAAAGGCUUCAGCCAUCUAAUGACAGUGGGUUACAAGGAAGUACAGGCAAAUUACAAACAGGGUCGACUAGAGCACUAAAAAAACCAGCGUUCCAAUGGGCUUGGCUAUGUUAUUCUGUUAAGGGUCGUUGUUUCUGCAUCUGUAUUUUCAAUCCCGAUACUCUUUAA